CAACGACUCCUCCGCACUCCGCCACAACCCACACAAAUCAAUCCCUCUCCACACCACCCCCAAAAACCCUAAAGAAAAACAAAACAGCCCAACAGAAUGCAAACCACAACGCCCCCCUGUCACCUCACCCCGAUCAACCUCCACUCGCCCACCGACUUCGCCGAGAUCCACCGCCAACGCCGCCUCUGCGGCUGGGACUCCGACCUCGCGACGCUGGAAAGCUGGAGGCGCAAGCAGGACGAAGGCGUGAAGGGGUUCUACUGGCUCUGCAUCCCGGACCCUGCUGCUACUGCUGCUGCUACUACUACCAGUAUUCCUACUACUACUACCAGUAUUCCUACUACUACUACUACGACUACCCAACCACCCGCCCCAUCGACCGCAGAGAAAACAGUCUACGCCGGCCACAUCUCGCUGGACGCAUACAGCGACCCAGCGGACGAGGAACUCGCCCGCGCCGACCGCACCGUCCUCACCAUCCAGACCCUCUUCAUCCUCCCGGCGUACCGGGGCCUAGGGCUGGGCAGCCGCGCCAUGGACCUCGUGGAGGCGCGGGCGGCGACCACCGAACCGACCUGCCGGUGGCUGGCGCUGACGACGCUGAGCGAGCGCCAUUAUCUGGACGAGUCGCCCGAGGGCACGGGCGUGUGGGCGCGCACGGGCGCCGCGCCGCCGGCGAUGGGGUGUAAUCAGUGGUGGUAUGCGCGGCGCGGGUAUGUGUUGUGGAAGGAGGAGCCGCGGUGGAGGGAGGUCGGGGUCGCGGGCGAUGAGGUCGUGUUUUAUGCGGCGUUUAUGCGGAAGGGUUUGCGGGGGUAG